AUGAUUGAUAAUAAGGUUAAAGAAGAGGUAGUAGUAGAUACAUUGGUUGAUCGUGUAUCUAAAGUGUUGGUAACAACACCAAAUGAUGUCAAAGAUGUCAAUAUAGACAACAAGAACAACAACAUUGGUGCCACAUCAUCUCCAUCACCAUCACCAUCACCAUCAACAUCAACAAAUGAAACAAAUGAAUCAAAUGAAUCAAAUGAAACAGAGAAUGCAGAGGAGGAUGAGGAAGUCAAUUUGGAUACAUCUGAUAGACCUUUGGCUUAUGUCGAGCGUAUUGUUGCUAUUACACCUAUUGCUGGUGCAGAUGCAAUUGAGACUGCGACUGUACGUGGUUGGAACGUCAUUGUGAAGAAGGCACUAUAUAAACCAGGCGAUCUGGUCAUUUAUGUAGAGAUUGAUUCAGUUCUGCCACCUUGGCCGUACUUCAUUCAGGAUCGAUUGGACAAGUGCAACUUCAAGAUCAAGACCAUCAAGAUGAGAGGUCAGAUCUCACAGGGAUAUUGUAUUCCUGUUCGUGAGUUAUUGAACCAUCCAAAGAAGAAGAUACAGGCUACAUAUAAUGUUGACAACGAUGUCGAAUCUGGUUUGAAGGAGGUGGCCGUGUUGCCAGGUCCUGGACUGAAGGACAACACACCAGAGGUGUUUAAGAUGGAGAUUGGAUGUGAUGUCACACAAUUGAUUGGCAUCAGAAAGAUUGUGGACCAUCCUGCACAUGGUGGACAGGGCAUCUUUAGAGCUUUGAUGGGUCAUCUGAAGCCAUUCCCAAGUUUCUUGCGCAAGACAGAUCAGAGUAGAAUCCAGAACAAACCAAACUACGCAACAAAGUACGCAGACAUGGAAUUUGAGAUCACAGAGAAGCUGGAGGGAUCGUCCAUCACGGCCUUCCACUACAAUGGACGCAGUGGAGUUUGUUCUCGCAACUAUGAGAUGAACUUUGACGAUGGUGGCGCACCAGAUAUCGCCAAGCUCAUGAUCAACGAGCUCAAGAUACUGGAGAGACUGGAUACGGCCAAGUUGAACGUGGCUUUGCAGGGCGAGAUGAUUGGACCCAAGAUCCAGGGCAACAUUUAUGGCAUCAAGGAGUUGGAGUGGAAAUGCUUUGACGUGUGGUUCAUCGAUGAGAACCGCUACGCCACGCACUCAGAGCGAGUUGACGUGCUGAAGCAGAUCGGUCUGUCCUGGGAGAACAAUGGAGUGCCCUUCAUCGGCAUGUUCAAGAUGUCCAGUGUCAAAUCAAUCAAGGAGAUUCUGGAGAUGGCCAAUGGAUUCUCAGUGCUCAAGGGCACCAAACCAAAGGUGUUGCGAGAGGGUAUUGUCUUCAAGUCCACAACCAUUUGUGGACGUGGACAUGUAAUCUCAUUCAAAUCAAUCAGCAACCAAUACUUGUUGAAGAAAUAG